GAAAACUCAGCUCCUCUCUGUACCGUCAGUGUGUAUGUAUGUGUGUGUGUGUCAAGACAAGCAAAGAGCAGGCUGGAAAAAAAACUUUCCUCUGGAACACAUCAGCCAUUGCAGUGUAUUCCUCUCUGUAAACACAGACCAUGCACCCGGGAGGAGAGGAGCUCUUUCUGCCUGGACACAGCUUGUGUUUGUGAGGCUUCAGCACUGAGCGCAGUUUCCGGAUACCAGUCCACUGUUUUGGGUGAAGAUUUCUCUGCAUCUGCUGGGAUUUUUCCGCUCUUCCUGACGUGUAGGCUAUCUGUAAUAAUUUACACUCGCCAAUUAAUUUCAUCCUCAUUCAUCCUGCAGCCACAACUACAACAUGGAGACACAUUGAUGACAAGGAUGAAAUCUUCGCUUGCAGAGAGAAGUUGAGCUCUGGGCUCGAGUUCAACAGGGCCACUUCCUGAUGAUGACAGUAAACAUGGAUGACGGUCUCCAAACUGGACCGGGACAGCACAGGAAUUCACAAGAUGACGAGGAGGCCCUCAACUCCAUUAUGAAGGACCUGGCGGCUCUGGGUCGCUGCUACACCCAGCACAACAGCCACAAGCCCAAGAGCAGAACCUUACUCUACAAACAGGAUUUAAGAGUCAAGCUGGAGCAUGAGAGAGAAAAACGGAUCAUCCCGUUUCAGAGGCCGCUGAAGAUCAAGGAGCUUCUGCAGAAAGUGACCGAGGCCUUUGGCCAGCAGAUGGACAUGUUCUUCAUGGAAAAAGAGCUGCUGCUGCCCCUGAAGACCCAGGAGGAUCUGGAUCAGGCGGUGCUGACGUUGGGCUGCAGCGCGGGGACCAACGGGCUGCUCAGGAUACUGCUGAAGACCCCGAAGAACAACCAUUACCUACAGGUGAACAGCAGGGACAAGCAGAGCGAGAUGAGGUCAUCACGGUCACUCGGAGACCUGAAGGGCUCCCUGCUCAAGGGCUCGGAGAGGGUGCGCAAACACUCGACAGGGUCCCUGCACACGGGUCGGACAUCCCCACCUCCCGGCAGCGUCCCCGAGGAGCAGCAGCAGAUCGCCCGCCAGGGCUCCUACACCAGCAUCCACAGUGAAGGGGAGUUCAUCCCCGAGACCCACGACCAGAACAUGCUGGAUCCCUUCGGGAGCGCAGACAACUCACUGUCGAGCAGCUGUCAAUCAAUAGAUCAAGCGCUGGACAGUCCUCCUUUCUCGCAGAACAACCGUGACAAUAAUUACCUGAACCUCAACUAUGAAUACAAAGGUCGCCAUGGGAAAGGAGGGACUUUCCCUCGCCAGUUCCAGUUACCCAAUCGCAGCAAAGAUUAUGGAGACCGUCGCAGGACACUUCCACGCAGCUUCAUGCCACAGGAGAACCUGUUUCAGCUGGUUCCUUCCAGUCGCACGCGCAGUUAUAAUGGAGACAGUUCGAUGCAGUACAGCGACCUGCGCUCACUGGGCCGCACCGCGGACAAAAGCUGCCAGCGUGGUUCAGCCAAGUCGCCGCGGGCGCCAGUCAACUGGCGGCAAGGAAAGCUCCUGGGCCGCGGGGCGUUCGGGGAAGUCUACCUCUGCUACGACGUGGACACAGGCCGCGAGCUGGCCGCCAAGCAGGUGCCCUUCGAUACCGACUGUCAAGAAACCAGCAAGGAGGUGAAUGCUUUGGAGUGUGAGAUUCAGCUGCUGAAGAAUCUGCGCCAUGAGCGGAUUGUGCAGUACUACGGUUGUCUUCGGGACCCUGAACAGAAGAAACUCACCAUUUUUGUGGAGUUUAUGCCCGGGGGCUCAAUAAAGGACCAGCUAAAAGCCUACGGGGCCCUGACAGAGAAGGUGACAAGGAGAUACACCAGGCAGAUCCUUCAAGGAGUCUCCUACCUGCACAGCAACAUGAUUGUACACAGAGACAUCAAAGGUGCUAACAUCCUGAGGGACUCCUCGGGGAACGUGAAGCUGGGAGACUUUGGAGCCAGCAAACGUAUCCAGACCAUCUGCAUGUCUGGGACGGGGAUCAAGUCGGUCACUGGCACCCCCUACUGGAUGAGCCCGGAAGUCAUCAACGGGGAGGGCUACGGCCGCAAGGCGGAUGUCUGGAGCGUCGCCUGCACUGUUGUGGAAAUGUUGACCCAGAAGCCUCCGUGGGCCGAGUACGAGGCCAUGGCAGCCAUUUUUAAGAUCGCCACCCAGCCGACGAAGCCCAUUCUUCCAGAGAGCGCGUCGGACGCGGCCAGGGACUUCCUGCGGCAGGUGUUCGUGGAGGAGAAGUGGCGGCCCACUGCAGACGGGCUGCUCAGCCACCCGUUCGUCCAGGGCUGCUUCUGAGGCCCGCGGACCCCCUUUUCCCUCUCCUGCCUGCGAGGCCUCUCGGCACCUCUCCUCCCCUCCUCGGCUGCCCGGCCCAUCCCCCCUCCCCACUCUCCUCCCCUCUUCUCCCCGCCGUAACCGGGCCUCAGCAUCGCUCCAACUCCCUGCCCUGCCAUCCAUCGCCAGUGUCUGCCUUGUCAGGACUCCUGCACCUCUCACCAACUAGCUCAAUCCGGAUUCCUCACCGAGAGGCCAGGUUGACUGCUGUCAGACCCCCUGAGUCCUCUGAGGCGUCGCAGUGUUUUGCCCCAGGAGGGGACAGAGGAGAACGCACUUAGCAGUCUCACACGCUACAGACUGCUGUCCAUUAACAAGAGCAGAAAGAGUGACGCAAGAGAGCAGUGGCUUCUCAUGCUCAUUUACUGCCGCAGAACAGUGUCCAGGUCGGCCGGACGCUCCGUGAUCGUGACUGACUGGUGACACUGAUCACAUCUGACAGCACUGUAAGCAGCAGCCUCAGUUAGCUGCGUGUGAAAUUAAGAUGGUAAAUAUUUUUUAUAUGGCAUACAAUAACAUAUGAAGUCGUCUCAGCCGAUGACUUUUUUUAUUAUCACCUUCAAAAUUUAAAUAUAUUGUUGUCAACGCCUUACAAUGAGAAUUUGUAAGUAAGAAUGUCUUUUUUUAUUUUAUUUUAUUUUUUACAUCUUAGAGGGUUAAAUUAUCCUAUUUUCAUGGCACUCAGAACCCCAUUGAGAAGGAUUGCCAGUGUUGCACUUUUGCUAUCAUGCAUUGAAACGUUUCCAAACCGCAGGAUAAUCAACUGAGAUAUUUUUCUAUUUGAAACAUUUUUUAUAUCAUUUUCGUAAAGGAGAAUUGUGUAGUGUAAAAAAGAAGAAAAAAAAGAAAAAACUUUUGCAUCAGUGUGCAAUGUCUAUUAAGCAAUACCAACACUACUGUUGGAGUCUGUGACAUCCAUUCCAGCUUCCCAUGCAGUGAGCCUGGAGUCUAUUAAAAAAAAGUGGCCAUAGAAAAGUUUCAGAAACGUCUGGUUAAGUUAGUGCAGUAUUAGUCAUUUUGGUUUCACCACCUCAGAACCCUUCCUAUAGCCUUUUCUAUAUUACGGCAGCUUCGUGCACAGUAGACUUGCACAGACCAAAUCAGAUGCAUCGACGUCACAUUGUGUUAGUAUGAAAAGUUGAGGAAUUAGAUUGAAGCUCAUUUACAUGUUUCUUUGUAACUUCAGAAUGAAUCCAGUCACCCCAUGCCUUCACUUUGCUUUCCACACUACAUGAAUGGGUCACAUACUGACCACCGGACAGCACAGCUCACUGUGGGAUGUCAAGUGAGAUAAUAUUUCAAGUCGCCAAAAAGGGUCACAGUGGAAUUCUGGAGCUAAAUGCUGUAUUCUUUAAAAUAGCAAUGAGAUGAAACAUUAACUGGGGAUUUUAAAGUUGGAGGUGUCCUUGCUAGCUGUAAUACAGUGGCACUUAAAGAAUGAUCAAAUCUUUGUUUGACCCUGGUCAGUGCCUGAACUGAAUCUGCUUGCAAACACAAAUGUUCACUGCGAAAGCAGGACGCUUCUUAAAAAGGUGAGCAGCCGUUCAGUCGAGAGCACACACAGGAUUUGCUGAAGUUCUUUUUUUAUGGAGAAAAAAAAUGGAUUAUACUGUAAAUAAAUAUUGUUCCGCACUUUUGUAUGAAAUUUAUUUACAUUAUAUACAAAUCUAUUUGAUGAAAUAGCUACGUUAUACAGUAGAUUGUACUGUGAUUUAGACAGGAGUAUGUAUAAUUGUUUCUUUGAAAGCUGGUAGGCAGGAUGAAAAGACUGGGAGGCUUUCGAUUGGGACAGUUUGUUUUGUCUAAAUGACAAAGCCUUGAAACAUGAAAUGUAUCAAGUCAUUGAUCUUUUGUACAUUUAACUUAAUAAAUCCAAGGUCUAAGACUA